AUGAUCCAGCAGCUGGUGCUUUUGCUGUUGGUCUGGGGAACAGCAACAGGUGUGCAUGCUGCUCCCCCCAACCCCCUUAUCCGUCUCCUCCGCCAGCCGCCACGUCUGCCCAGGGAUCCACCGUCUAGUCCGUUGUUCCCGUCAGCACCCAACCAGCCGCAAAGGCCUGCCAACCCGGCAAGGUCCCCGCCGCCGAAGCCAACCACACUGAGGCCACCUCCACGUCCCCGGUCCGGAAGGGACAAAUCGAAAGCCACCACUGGCGGCAUUUUGUUCAGCGACGAGUAUACCGUAGCCUACAGCUUGGACGGAGAAUACCAGUAA